CUCACUUUAUGCCUCUGUUAUUCUUAAUAAUAAGUUUCUCUCCCUUUAAGAGACGAGUGUUGAAAGGAGCAAAUCAGGAGGGGAAUCAGAAAAUCAGGAGGAAGGAGGGAAACAACAUUUUAGUCUUCUGAAUUUUGGGCAAGUCAUAUCUGUGCUUUUUCUUUAUUUUACAUCACCUGCACCUCAGACUAGUUUUGAGUCUGUUUCCUGCCUUGUCGACGCAUGUAAGCUGCAGCUGUGCGUCGCCGUCCAGGUUCAGUUUGGGGAAUUGGGGGCGUGGCAAAAUAUAUAAGCGUCUACUCCGAAGUGGACUGACUUUACGAACACAAGGAAAAAUGACAGGAGAUAAGAGCUGGAUGGAUAAGGAUAGAGAUUCUGCUGAGUGGCAAACUGGCCUGAAGGAUUUCUUGAGGCUCGCUUUUCCUGAUGCUCGUCCAAAUUCAACUGCCCCAUGCCCAUGUAGGAAAUGCCUGAAUAAUGCUCGGAGAAAAAAGAGGGAUGUUCAUAGUCACUUGCUGCACAAUGGUAUGGAUCCGGCCUACACUAAUUGGAUAUACCAUGGUGAGCAACCAGAUGAGGGCAACAUUUCUGAUGAUUCUGAUGAUGAAGACGCUGUAGACGAUGGUGCUGGGUUGUGUGACAUGCUCAAUACUCUCAUUAGGGGCACCAACAUGGGAAGCAAUGCAGAUCAUGAUGAAGGUGCAGGAGACAUUCAUGUGGAUGAUUCCGGCAGUGAAGGAACGAACCAGGAGCCAAAUGCAACAGCCAAGGUAUUCUUCGAGCUAUUGAAAGAGGCAAAAAAAGAGUUGUACCCAGGUUGCGAGGAUGCCACAAAGCUAUCUUUCAUUGUGAAUCUUUACCAAAUCAAGUGCGUGACUGGGAUGACCAACAGAUCAUGCGACUUGAUUCUCCAGAUGUUCACGCAGAUGCUGCCAAAGGGUCACUGCAUUCCUACUAAUCUCUCAAAAGUAAGGAAGGUGAUCCGCGAUCUUGGGCUUGACUACAAGAAGAUACACGCAUGCCUUAAUGAUUGCGUGCUAUUCCGUGGUGAGCAUGCUAAUGCAGAAGAAUGCCCCGUCUGUCAUGCUUCACGAUGGAAAUCUACUCCUACAACUGACGAAGACAAUGUAUCAAGACAUAAGAAGCCAGUGCCACAGAAAGUUCUAUGGUAUUUCCCACUGAUUCCAAGACUGCAAAGGCUGUACAUGACAGAAGCUAUGUCAUCGCAUAUGAAAUGGCAUCAUGAGGGUCGUCUGGAUGAUGGCGUAAUGAGGCACCCUGCAGAUUCGAAGGCGUGGAAGCAUGUUGAUAAGAAAUAUCAUAAGUUCUCAAAAGAUACUCGCAGUGUUCGACUUGGCCUUGCUUCGGAUGGAUUCAACCCCUUUGGGCUCAUGAGUAUAUCACACACUACAUGGCCUGUCAUUCUUAUCCCUUAUAACUUGCCACCUUGGAUGUGUAUGAAACAACAAAAUUGGAUCAUGUCAAUGAUUAUUCCAGGGCCAAAGUCAGCAGGAAAUAACAUAGAUGUGUACUUGCAGCCUUUGGUGGAUGAACUGAAUGUUCUAUGGGAGGAUGGUGCUUACACAUAUGAUGCUGCAACCAAAGAAAAUUUCCGGCUGUAUGCAUGCUUGUUGUGGACCAUCAAUGACUACCCAGCUUUCGCAAUGCUGAGUGGUUGGAGCACAAAAGGAAAGCUAGCAUGCCCUUAUUGCCACAGACAUACAGAUUUCCUAUGGCUCAAGUAUGGUCGAAAGCAUUGCUACAUGGGAUACCGACGUUUUCUUCGCAAGAACCACAAAUGGCGUCGAAACAAGUGUUUGUUCAACAACAAAACAGAUGACAGGGAAGCUCCGGUACCACUUACAGGUGAAGAAGUUGUACAACAGCUUGAUAGCAUUCAGCAUGCACCAUUUGGGCGAUCAAAUAAGAGAAAGCGACCGGAAACUAAUAGCUGGCAUAACUGGAGGAAGAAAAGUGUAUUUUUUCAACUCCCAUAUUGGAAGCACUUGCUGGUUAGGCACAAUUUGGAUGUUAUGCACAUCGAGAAGAACAUCUGCGACAGCAUUCUUGGGACUUUGCUUGAGAUGGAUGGGAAAUCAAAGGAUGGUGUGAAGGCUCGUCUUGAUUUGGAGUACUUGAAAAUUAGGAAGGACCAGCAUCCAAAGCCCGGUAAGAACAAGUAUGAAAUAAAGAAAGGUUGCUAUGCUUUAAAAAGGAAGAGAAGAUAUUGCUCCUCAAAUUUUUGCAGAGCAUUAAGAUGCCCGAUGGAUAUGCUUCACACAUUAAACAAUGUGUGGUCCUCGAUCAGUGCAAGAUUACUGGACUCAAAACUCAUGACUGUCAUGUUAUAUUUCAGAAACUUCUUCCUAUUGCAUUGCGCAAGCUUCUGCCAGAGAAUGUUCUUAACCCAUUGCUUCAACUGA